GCCAAUCCUUUUUUUUAUUUUAGGGUGAAUGAUGUCACAAGAGGUACGGCAUGCUUAAUUGAUAUGAAUAUAUACAAUGUUUACCUUGGGCCAAUCAAAACACAUUGUUAGAAAGUGAACAUGAUAAUCUGUUAGGCCAAGUUAUUUUAAGUAAUCAUCUUGCUCGACGAUGAUUGGCAGUUAUCAUUGAUCGAGACGGACAGCUGCUGGAACUGAAUUUUUUUUAGACUUAUAAAAAUUAAAUGGUCCAUAUCGUCUAAUCCUUCCCUUUGUGUUUUUGCGAUAACCCAUCCAUCCAUCACCUUUCGAGGCAUCCAUCGCAAUCAAGCUCUUUUAUUAGAUAUGUCCACUUUUUCCAAGAACCUUUUCGACGUCCUCGGCGAUGGUGAGGUCCCUCGCCCUGCUGCUCCUGUCAAGGAAGAAGCUGCUCCUGUUGUUAUUGACAAGAAGAACGUUGCCAAGAUCAACAAGGAUGCUGCUCGUGCUUCCAAGGGUGGUAAGCCUACCAAGGGUCGUCAACAAAAGGAAGGUCGUCCCCAACGUGGCCGUCAAUUCGACCGUCACUCUGGUACCGGUAUUGUUGAUACUGAAAAGAAGAUCAACAAGGGUUGGGGUAAGGCCGGAACCUCUGAAGCUGAAGGUGCCAAGGAUACCUUGAGCCCUGCUGACCCCGAUGCUCCUGAACAAGAAGUUGCUGAUGCUCCUGUUCAAGAAGAAGAAAAGGUCAAGACUUUGGAUGAAUACUUGGCUGAAAAGGCCAACAAGUCUUUGAAGGUUUCUCUUCCUGAAGCCCGUAAGGCCAACGAUAAUGAUGAAUCCGCUUUCAAGGGUACCGUUGCCUUCUCCAAGGAAGAAUUUGAAGAAUUCUACGUUAGCAAGGAAACCAAGACUGUCAAGAAGACUACUACUGAAAAGACCCGUAAGGAAAAGGUUUUCGUUGAUAUUGAACAACGUUUCCAAGAAAAGCCUCGCGCUGAAUUCCGCAAGAACGACCGUCGUGGUCGUGCUAACAACAACAACAAGGGCCGUCGUGGUCCUAAGGGCUCCAACAACGGUCCUGCUGUCAACCUUCAAGAUGUUACUGCUUUCCCCACUCUUGGUGCUACUGCCUAAAUUUUUUCUUAAAAAAAGAAUUUGAUUUUAAAUAAAACACAAUAUUACACUUA